AUGAUGGAGCAAGUGCAAAGUAACGAACUGCUUAACCCACGCAAAAGUAGGAAGGAACCUCCCGACGAUCACACACGCAGAGAAAGGAAAAUAAUUAGAAACGUAAAAAGUAUGUCUAGAACGAAUUCCAUUAACUAUGGAAGUGAGAAUAGGGAGAUAAAAAUUAAUCUGAACAGCAAGGUGAAAAUGAUCAAAAGUUGUGCAAGAAAAAAUUACAACCAUGAUGGAAAGGAACGUAGACUAAACUACCCUCCACCUACUGAAGAAGAAAAUAAAGAGAUUCGUAACUAUAGCAGAAGCAAGCAAAGUAAAGGGAAAAAACUGCUUGGUAAAAUAAAAAUAUGUAGUGCCAAACGAAUUAAACAGAGGAAUCAGUCAAAUGGAAAGGAAAGCAAUGAAAUGAAUCCGUCGUGCGUAGAUGCAGAGAAAAGAGAUAGUUGUAUAAAAGGAGUUGAUACAAAUAAUGGAACCCUUAAAAACAUGAGACAGCUGCGCGCCGAUCUGCAGCUGUUCCUCAGAAAUGCGCACUACCUUAACGAAGCCUUCAUCAAAAGAGAAACUAUCCAGUUAAAACAAAAUAAGAAGGAAAUAUUAGAAGUGGAUGAAGAAAAUGUAGAGAGCACAGAUAAGGAUCUGGACAACUGUCCAAGCAAUGCGGUAGAAAAACUCUUAAAGAAUGAACAGUCAUCACGUAAAGGAGGAAUGGACACAGAAGUGCAACAAAAGGAAAUCCAUCAGGAGAACAACCAAAGUUUUACGCAAAGCCAAGGAGGGAAUCCCGACAUAGGGGGGAGGAACGACCUUCAAAAUGAAUCCUCAGUUACUUGCUACCAACUUAGGAAUGCCACUGUGAAUAAACAGAAUUAUGGAAUUACGAUUAAUCAAAAAAGGUGCAAAAGGAAGUGUAGACAAAGAGCCAAGAACCGCAACAGACGCACUCCCAGCAUUGACGCGGAUGGUAAUAGCAUUGUAGAUGAUCAGAACGUAAGGAAAAAAGUGAAACGGGACAUUUAUUCCGAAAGAACACUCAUGAGGAAUGACGAACAAACAUGCAAAGGGAGCGCAAGCGCCGCGAAGGAAGAGCCCCGCAGUAUAGCCAAUCCAGACAACGAAGAACCCCUUUAUGAUCACGUCGAAGACAUUAUUGAUAGGGUUAACCUAAACGAAACGCAACCACACAUGGAUGGGAAGAGCACCGACAAAGGAGAUCCUCCGAAAAAAAAUAAUUUCAAUGUCCCCACUAAACGACCAUACGAUAUAAAGGAUAUAAUAGACAGAAACGUUUUAAGCAAUUUUAUUAAGUGCGUUAAUAAUCAAUACAUGAGCGGUAGCAAAAAUAAUUCCAAUCAUGUUUCAGGCGAAGAUAGAAGUGGCAAGUGCGAUAAGGGGAAAUUAUUGCCUGCAUGCACGCUGGAGUGUUCGAAAAGGGAAAUGAACUAUGCAAGCAAGGAAGACGAAUACAAUGAUGAUGAGGACGAAUACAAUGAUGAUGAGGACGAAUGCAAUGAUGAUGGUGGGAAUAAUAUCCAUGUUGCACAUUCCGCACAGCGUGGGCAUUAUGAUGAAAAGGAAGAACAUGGAGAUAAUUCCAAUGUGUACAUCGCCCCAUAUGGUUGCCGCGACAACCGUGAAAUGAAGAAGACGAAGAACCCACUAAAAAAGAACGUUAUAACUCAUAUUAACCUGAAUAAAGCAAAAGGUGAUAUACAAAGGGAACUUAAAAAUAUAGACCCUACAACCUAUGGGGAAGGCGUUUUUGCAAAUUGUCCUACUACAUGUAUGAAUGGCGAAAAGGAGAUAUCCAACAUGGUGAAUAAAAAUGCAAGAGUACCAAACAAGUUGAAUGAACUGAACAACCUUAAGAAUGAACCUUCUAGUCAUUUCGAACGCGCUUACAAACAUAACCUUACCGCAUAUGAAAAAGGGAAUUCCUGGAAAGCAUUCAUUGUUGAGAAAAAGGAAAUAAAUAAAAAUGAUCGUAUGGCAACGGAAAAGUUAAACUCCAAAUUAUCUUUUAACCAAACUUAUGAAGAAAAUGAGUCCUCUUCUCUUAUUAGGAAGUAUGAAGCAAUACUUCUUCAGCAUUUUUCAGAGACCCCCCAUGUAGAUAAGAAGGAAUUUGAAAAAUGCAAAUAUUGCGUUUUGCAUAUUUUGAACCAACACAGGGGGAGAGACGGGAAUAGUCAAACCAGUCACCAAAAUGGUAACCAGAGUGAUAAUAUUUUUUGUGAGAGUGACAGGUGUGCUGAGGAUGAGUUACACAACCAACACAAGAAUCACACCGACCAUACCGCCCACACCGACCACACCGACCACACCGACCACACCGCGGCGACCAAGGCUGGGAUCUACCAAGACAUCGCGCACAUAGGCGACCUCACCAAGGGCUUCAAAGGAAACUACAAAUCUUUAAAAAAUUAUCUGAACAAUUUAAACAAGAAAAAAAAAAAUGUUCGUGACUACCUCUUGAACCUUUAUUGUUAUGCUUACAUAAGGCAAUGCGCUGUCAAUAACUCCAAGACGGCAGAUGGGGGCAAUCGCACUGUUAACGAAGAAGAAGAAGAGAAUAAGGGGAAGACGAAAAAAGAAACUCUACCCCAAAAUAUGAACAAACAUUACGGCAAAGAUAAGGGAGACUGCACAAGUAGUCAUUUUGUGGAGGCUAUAAAUGGGAAGGCUAUCAUCGAAGAAAAGGGAAAAAAGGGCACCUCUACUUUGCCAAAUAGAGGGGGGAACCUUCCCAAUAGCGAAUUUAGCGGCUACAACGGUGGUAAGGACCUCCCCACUAACUGCAAUAAAAGGCAAGUGUGCAGAAUAACGAGGAAGGAGGAUCAAAAGGUGGAACACAUUACAAAAGGUGAUUCCCCCCGCGUUAACGAGAAACAUAGUGUGGGUGCACAAAGUGGAGAUAUUAGAAAAAUUCUGUGCAGAUAUUACAACUACUUGAAACUAAAAAAUUACAUCAUCCCUUACAACAUGUACAACAGUGCAGGGGGAAUGGUCAAGAGGGAGAGCAGCCCCAGUGAGGUUGGAGCAAAUGAUCACCCUAACAAGAACGAUCAGAGAAAUGAUAAAGGUAGACACAAGAACAGGAAUGCAACUCUGGAAGAAGACCUUAUCAACAUAUCAUACAACUUCAUCACAGAGCAUAGAGGUUCAAAUAGAAACCUGACAUAUGAUCACUUUUGCAAUUUUCACAAAAAUGAAUUUUUUAAAAAAAGGGCAAACCAUAUUUUAAAUAGAACAGACCAAAGCGCAACGAAAGAAUGGGAUGAACCGAAACUGCACUGUAGUGAUUACAACACCAGGCUAAUGAACAGUUACACUUAUCAUGGUCAUCAUAGCAUGAACACUUACAAGAAGAAAAAUAACGGAAGCCAUUUCUACCUGUUCAAAUAUUUAAUAGAAAAUUUGAACCGAGAGGAACUCCAAAAGUUGAUGCUUUGUCAGUGCUGUUAUGUGAUAAAAAAAAUUGAAAAUAAAAUGACUCCCUUGGAUGUCAUCCUAGAUACCCAGAUAUUAUUUCAUGACUGUAACAGGUACUUUAAAAACCAGGGGUGGGUAGAUAAUAAUGGAAUUCCUCAGGACAGGGCAAAGUUACAGGCGCAGAAUUUAGGGGAAGGCACUUCUACCGCUAGCAUGAACAACCUCGGUGAUAGUGAUCAGCUUAAUGUCCUGCAUAGGAACGACCUUGCGAAAUUCCACAAUGGGGUGGGUGUCAUUGGCGGAAAAAAGCAAAACAGAAAAGUGGUACCCAGGCGCACGAACCUGUCGGAGGGUAGCCAUCAUGUCAACAACAGCAGCGGAAACGGCACAGCAGGAGGUACAGCAGGAGGUACAGCAGGAGGUACAGCAGGAGGUACAGCAGGAGGUACAGCAGGAGGUAGUACGAAAAAUUGGCUCAUCAAUCAUAGACACAACAAUUAUGGGCACACCCAUCAUAGCCACACAAAUCAUAGCAAAAGCGACAGAAACAGCGUGCACUUUUACAAUUUUGAAAACCACCAAGUAUCCAUGACAUCGACCAUGGCAUCUAUGAGUUGGCAAGGAAAAGCAUUCGCAAAUGAAAAAAAUAAAAACCAAGCAAAGUGCAACGAAAAGUGUAAUGAAAAGUGCAACGAAAAGUGUAACGAAAAGUGUAACGAAAAGUGCAAAAGGAAAGGCGACAAAGGAAGAAAUAAUCACCUAGCUGGAAAAACAGAAAAGGAAAAUAAAGAAAAGGUGAAGAAGUACCAAAAGGCAAAAGGUAGCAUAGAUCGUAGCAAGUUCGAAAGCGCACUCUUUAAAAUAGCAAGCCGCAAAUUGAGGGAUCUACAAAAUCAGGGGAAAAACCUCUUCAACAGGGACAAACGGAUGACUGAAGCUAUGCAGAAAGCAACACCGGAGUGA